AUGUAAUAAAAAAAAUUCAUUAAAGAUUAUAAGUAAUUCGAUGGUUUUGAAAAAGUUGGAAUAAACUUUCUACCUUGUACUAUAAAUAAAGGAGGAGAGUGUCCAAGUGAAUAAUAUUUUAAUCCAAAAGAUGACAAGGUUGUUAUUCAUGGAAGAGAAUUAACUAAACAUAUUAUUAAACCACAAAAACCAUUAUAUGUAUUUUAAUAACAAAAGGAUGGUACAAGAAUUAUUAGAGGAGAAUUUUAAGAAAUUAAUAAAUGGAUAUAUCAUGGAGAUACUAAACAUAUAGAAUAAAUAUUUUAAUUUCCAAAUCUUAUGGAGACGCUUCAUAAACCAGUUAAAUGAAC